CUCUCUCCUCUCUCUCUCCGAACCAAACCCGUAAACUUGGACGCAGAUUCAGUCCUCUUAGAUCUGAAACUCGCCGGAAUCCAAUAUUCCGACCAGAAAUGGCUUUGUCGGCGAGUCGAAGUGGUAUUCUCCUGAAGCCGCUGUCGGCGGCGUCGUCGUACAUCCGCCAUCUCUCAGUGGACUCCUCCGCCGCCAUCACAGUGGAGACAAACCUCCCCUUCAGCGCCCACAGGAUCGAUCCUCCUUCGCGCUCCGUCGAGACCAGCCCCAAGGAGCUGAUGGGGUUCUUCAGAGAUAUGGCGCUGAUGCGGCGAAUGGAGAUCGCCUCCGACUCGCUCUACAAGGCCAAACUCAUCCGCGGCUUCUGCCACCUGUACGACGGCCAGGAGGCCGUCUGCGUCGGCAUGGAAUCCGCGAUUACCAAGAAGGACUGCAUCAUCACGGCCUACCGAGACCACUGCAUCUACCUCGCCCGCGGGGGAACGCUGUUCGAGGCGUUCGCGGAGCUCAUGGGGAGAAAAGGCGGGUGCUCUAAGGGGAAAGGAGGCUCGAUGCACUUUUACAAGAAGGAUAGUGGAUUCUACGGGGGACAUGGGAUAGUUGGGGCUCAGGUUCCUCUAGGUAUUGGCUUGGCCUUUGCUCAGAAAUACUCCAAAGAGGAUUAUGUCACUUUUGCCUUGUACGGAGAUGGCGCCGCUAACCAGGGCCAGCUUUUUGAAGCUUUAAACAUGGCGGCGCUUUGGGAUUUGCCUGCUAUUCUGGUUUGCGAGAACAAUCACUAUGGAAUGGGGACUGCAGAAUGGAGGGCAGCAAAAAGUCCUGCCUAUUAUAAGAGAGGAGAUUAUGUCCCCGGUCUUAAGGUGGAUGGUAUGGAUGUCCUCGCUGUGAAACAGGCAUGCAAAUUCGCCAAGGACCAUGCUCUGAAGAAUGGACCAAUUAUUCUUGAAAUGGACACCUAUAGGUACCAUGGCCACUCCAUGUCUGAUCCUGGAAGCACUUAUCGCACACGUGAUGAGAUCAGUGGAGUGAGACAGGAGCGUGAUCCAAUUGAAAGAGUCAGAAAGCUAAUAUUAAGUCAUGAUAUAUCCACUGAGAAAGAGCUGAAGGAUAUCGAGAAGGAGGUGAGGAAAGAGGUAGAUGAAGCCAUAACAAAGGCAAAGGAGUGCCCCAUGCCUGACCCUUCUGAACUCUUUUCAAAUGUAUAUGUGAAAGGGCUUGGAACUGAGGCUUUUGGAGCAGACAGGAAGGAAUUGAGAGCAAUUCUUCCAUGAGCCGAAGUGUUUGACAACAGUUGGUCUCUAUCAAUAUACACAAGAGAUGUAGAAAAUAACCAACAUACUUAAACGUUCAGUUUCUAUGAUUUCUUCAAGAGGUUUGAUAGUGCAAUUUUUUGAGUGAUUAAAUAAUGAAUUUGAAUACACAUGCAGAAGCUCUGCAUUGAGUAAUACUAGGUUGAAGAUUUUUGCAGUGAGAGCUUAUUGCUCCUACAAGAGCUGUGGUUCAAAGUUGAUAUUUUUAAACCUUUUGGCAUUGUUUCUCUC